AGGCGAAGGCAGACCGCGUCUGCGGUCCCUGCUGGCAGGCCCGUCGUUGCCAGCAGCGUAUCGGGUGGCGUUGUUGCCCGGCAUGUCCCGUCUGUUUCAGUGACUCCCGGACUUGGCUUGGGUGCACAGGCUGAACGGGAACGGGAGCUCAAAGAGCAGCAGAGAGACGGACCGAGUGCUGCUCUGCUUGACAAAGUACGGGCCCUGGACGCGCUGCCUCGAGUGGGAGCUUUGCGGACGUUGGAUCUGAGGGGCAAUGAUUUGAGGACAGGGAUAACAUAUCUCGCCCAAGUUCUCAAGCGGAACAGGACUCUGAAAGUUCUGAAUCUUGCCGAAAACAAACUUGACGUGGCGUGCCUGGUUAGUUUGGCAGAGGCGCUGAAAUAUAAUUCGAGUCUAGAGACACUAGAUCUGUCCAAGAACCCCUGUUCUGGACCCGGACUAGAAGGGGUACGGCAUCCUAUUCACUUUGGAAUCGUUGACCUCAUUUGACGCCAGAUCCAAUCUUUGCGCACAGCAUUCACCCUGAACACGGCCCUGAAAAGGCUAUUUUUGAGCUCGACGGGGCUGACAUCGCCAGGUGCAAUUGCACUUGCCGAGUUUCUGCCGGAGAGUGCAUCUCUGCUGCAUCUUGAUCUGACCGAGAAUGCGCUUGACAUCGCCGGGGUGCUCGCGCUGUCGAAAGGCUUGGAGGCCAACUUUGUCAUGCGCUGUCUGGAUCUGAAUAUCCCCCCUGGUGAUGAAGCAUGUGCUCGGAUGUGCCGGGACAUCCUCAAUGUUUGUGUCCGCAACACGGAGGAUGCGGAGAAACGGGCUGCUGCCACCCGUGAAGCGGAAGGCUUGUCGACACCGACCUCUGCAAACCCAGAUGGUAGAGGUUAUGGGAAAGGUGUGUGGGGCCUCAUAGAGGAGAGUGCUCUCGCCAAAGGGAUUAGGAGAGGGGAGGAGAGGAAG